AUGUUUUCGCCUGUAGAGACUUCUGUGAGGGACAAUGGUGAUGGCCGGCCGGAGCCAAGACUGAGAAGGCAACAUAUUCGUUUGUCACCAAAUGUCAACCAUGCUUCCUUAAGGACUUCACGUAUAGGAUUGUGGAAAGUAAGGGGUACCCCUAUGAAUUCCUGUUUCAUGAAUGGUCGUCCAAUAGCAGUUGGAGAGAAGUCUGGCGGGUAUGUAAGAAUAGCACAGGCUGCCUCUACAAAAGUUCAGUCAGGAUGCCUAGAGCGAGGAGAGUC